UUGAUAUUUAGUACAGAUUUAUUGAGAGGGGAUUUUUCUCGAUACUGCGUGUUUAAAAUUGCCGCCUACAGGGGUGAAGUAGAUGUUUCGAUCGUUGGGUAUCGAUUAUUUGGUUUUGUUGCGAUUAUCCACUGAGGCGGUUGCGUUGGUGUAUGUCGUACCGAUGGCGGCCGCCAGGCGACUCGAGCGCUGCGGUCGCAUUCGUCCUUCAAGAUGGCCGCUUUCCAAUCGUAUGAUCGUGCUGUGCGUCGGCAGAACACCUUGUGACCGUUUGUGUCACACUCGUCACGCGUUUUCGCUACCUGCAGGAUCGUGGCCUCGAAGGUCCCUCCUAGUCGUGCUUGGUAACCUCAACAUCGAUCCCUCGGUGUCUCCAACAUCGACAUUCCUGCAAGGACGAGAGGCCGCCUCCGGCGAAUCGUCGACGAGAAUGUACCUGUUCAGGACCAGCUGAUACUGGCCGACACCUGGCUAUGCGAGCGAGGAGGAUGAACCCAGAAGUUUUAUGGCGAUUUCGCACAUGACUGUGGAUAUAGUAACUUCUGAGGUAAUCGCAGAGGUCGAGUCGAUGAACUCAGUCCCAGGGUGGCAUGUGGUCCACAGCAUAGAUCGUGAGGCUCGCCAUGAUUCCAUCUCUAAAUCCCAAAGGCGACUCCUCCGUGAGUUUCUCACGUGGCAAGGAAGACGACGAUGCCAACGACAAGAUCCACGUGUCACUCCCACCUUACAUCGGAACGUACAUGGCUCGAGGAGAAUCCGGAGCAGGGUGCUGCGGAGUCGGCUUGCCAGUGCCAUUCGAGCGAGCUGCCCCAAGAUCCUGGUGGAACCCAAAGUUUGAUUCCGAAAUCCUUGAGGAACAGUUCAAGACGAGUGCCUUUCCUCAAGUCAGAUUAAGAUUUAGAUUCGCUCUUGCAUACAUUCUAGUAGUGACGGUAUCGUGGCUUGUGUACUUCGUCAUGGUUGGCGUCCAACGGGAGGCACCGUCGUGGCCAGCUGUGGCAGCAACUUUUAGUACGGUCGGAGCACUGGUAUCCGCAGUACUGUAUUUAACCUAUUUGGAUUGUUACCGAAGCUACGUCUUACCGACAUCCUUAAGCGUAGCGUCAACAUUGUGCCUUCUUUCCUUGCUAUUUCUUGCCCUAGUCCCACCGCACAAAGACGGCCUGACCCUGGUGGGCCAUUUUGCCCUCGCUUCGGAGAUCCUGCUCUUGAUUUACACCAUGAUACCGAUGCCACUUUACGCCUGCAUAGGGAUUUGUACGGCCUACUCUUUUUCCUUCGAGCUAUUAACUGCGUACAUGUAUGGCACAGAAGGUGCUGCUCAUAGGAGAUUUUUUAACGAACAAAUUAUACCAAUUAGCAUGGUAAACAGCCUCUCGGAAGCUCUUCAAAGACAUGCAUCAUCCACGGAGGCAAACUGGACGUCGAAUUCCACCUUUGGUCCUGUGAAUACUACAAACCACUUGUUAUCUAAGGAGAUCGAUCCAAGCCUAACGAACAGCAUCGUAGAGUCCAUCUCAGGCUGGGACUCACUAUCCAACGAUUCCCAACCCGAUGGAGUGAAUCUUUUAACGAUGUCAACCAUACGUAUCUUGAUGCAGAUAUGUAUCCAUUUGAUCGGCCUGCACAUUCUAAUAAUGACAUUGGUUCGCAUGCGUGGGACAUUCAUGAAGGUGGGUCAGUCGCUGCUGGUCAGACGACAAUUAGAAAUGGAGAAGCAGCUGAAGGAGAAGAUGAUCCAUUCGGUCAUGCCGCCGAAGGUUGCAGACUGGCUCAUGGAAGAGAGCGAGAGGGAGAGAGAACGAGAGGACUCCUUGAAGAAGGGUUCGAUCCCUCUCAAUGGUACAGACAUACGUUCCUUGUUCCGGCCUUUCAACAUGCACUCCAUGGAGGACGUCAGCAUCCUUUUCGCUGACAUCGUGGGCUUCACGAGAAUGAGUUCAAACAAGACUGCUGAGGAACUCGUGGCCAUACUCAACGACCUCUUCGAAAGGUUCGACGACCUCUGCGAACAGCACGGAUGUGAGAAAAUAUCAACCCUCGGUGAUUGUUACUAUUGUGUCAGUGGGUGUCCGGAACCAAGGCCUGAUCAUGCAAGGUGUUGUGUAGAGAUGGGUUUAGCAAUGAUAGAAGCCAUCGAGCAGUUUGACAUCGAAAGGCGUGAAGGGGUGAACAUGAGGGUUGGAGUGCACACCGGUACGGUGCUCUGUGGUCUGGUUGGCACGAAGAGGUUCAAAUUCGAUGUCUGGUCCAACGACGUCACCCUAGCGAACAAACUGGAGAGCACAGGGAAACCUGGAAGAGUGCACCUCAGUGAGAAGACCCUGGGAUUCCUGGAAGAGGAGUACCUCACCGAAGAGGGAGAUCCAGUCAACGGGAUCAAAUCGUACUUCGUCAGGGGUCGCAAGUCAGACCUAGUGACUCGGUUUACGAGCAACGAGGUCCCGAUGAACAUCUCCCCGUUGUUACCACCUCGUCAACGUCUGUCCUCGUAUACGUGCCAGCAAAGACCUAGACAACAUUAUUUGCGUAUGGUCACGGACGCAAGCAGCCAGCGAGCGAAAGCGAGCUCGCUGCCGAGUAUCCUGGAUUCGGACAACGACGGGAACAACGAGGAUGAAGAGGAGGACGAGAGCGAUAACAAGAGCCCUACCUCGAUCGCCAGCUGCGGGAAGAAAAAGACGAGGUCGAGGCCAUGGAGGUACCUUCGCCGACAGAGGACCGACGAGGGGUCGUCGCCGUUGGAGCCGGCUUCAGGGGACGUCAGGAUCUCGCUGGACCCCAAGGCCGACCCUGAAGAGUCCCCAAAAGACGCUCGUAGUAAUGGUUAUUCUGUAACAUCGGUGCCGAUUAGCAACGGCAUCGAUACGGAUCCAAGAGCUACCCCAGUCAGUCCGUUGCUUCCUCGAAGGGAGUCCAUCAGCCAUGCUUCCUCGAUCUGCAGCAGGAAGGACUCCGGGAUUAGAAGCACCAGUAGGCGUAGCAGCAUUCAGCAACAAUUGUACCUGAUGAACGGCAUGGCCCAGGGCGACCUCCUGGGUCACAGGGUCAGCGGGUACUACACCUCCAGCUCGACUUUGAAUUCUACCCAGGAACCGUCGUCGGCAGUGCCGCCGUACCCUUUCCCCCCGAUGGUCACCGACACCUUCGGCGCGUGUUUCCAUAAGCUGAGGAAGCAAUCGGACCUCCAGCUGAUCAGAUGCGUUCAGGAUAACGUGAGCUCGCAGCGGUCCUACUUCGUCAAGCCGCCGCUCUCCCGGGUGACCCUGUUCUUCAAAAAUAAGGAGAUGGAGAAGGAGUACCGAGAGAACGCCCACAGAUCUAGUGGCGGUCUCGGGGGGAACCCUCCGACCUUGGCCACUUCAAGGUUCAAUACCUACUUCGAUAUCCUGAUCUCUGCCCUGGUCUACUCUGCGAUCACCGCCUCGCUGUUCCUCCUAUGUGAACCGACCGUCCUCUACCUCGUUUUCGGUGUGUUCGCCACGUUGAUCGAGGCUUUAGCAGUGUCGCUGUGCAUCUGGCAACUGAUGGCUCCUAAUACGAACCACGCUACGAUCACCAAGGGCCUCUUCGAGUUCUUCUCCAGGUGGUACCCUUGGCACGUCUGCGGCGCCGUCCUGGUCGCUCUGCCGAUGGUCUCCAUCCUGAUGAACUUCACCUGCAGUGGUCUGGACUCCGGACCGGGGAAUUUCGAGUACUACUACGGUUACUUGGCCCUGGUCGGCCUUGUGCACUUCUGCAACUUCACCCAGCUGAACUGCUGGAUGAAGAACCUCCUUGUCACCCUGACGGGGGUGCUCUUCAUCUACCUCGUGGCGAGUCACGCGGCGCAUCAUGUUCUCCAGCGGGCGCAGGUUGCUCCAGGUAGUCGGCGAGGCUCUCUGGAAGGAACGUUGCCUAAACAGAUGCCAGGGUCGACAGGAACUUCGCCCUAUGUGGAGAGGAACACGAGCUUGCCGGGCCCGGAAGAGCGACCAUUCGAUAUUCUCCCAGGAAAUGGGAGUAGAAGCGUGGAAAAGGAAGGAGGAACCAACUCGGAUUUAGAGAUGCAUCCUGAAAUCCCUAAAUCGAUGGAGGUCGAGCAGGAUUCCCCGUUGCCAAAGAAGUUGACCGACGGUGGGAACGAAGAGACGCGCAGGCGAAGAGACGUCGAUGUCACCCGGGAAGGAUUCAAGGUAGACCCUGGAAAUGGUACUGAAUCGAGGUCAAGGGCUCCUGCAAAGAUGUACUCUGAAGAGUAUUCCGACAGGGCUACUAAGGAGAAACAAGACCGAGAGUCCUACGGAAACGGAUCUGAAGUCUUCUUGGACAUGGGUCUGCUUUUGCUGCUGGUUUGGUUCCUCAACCGCGAGUUCGAGAUCAGCUACCGGAUGACCUUCCACGGGAACGCCGUGGCCGCCAGAGACAAGGCCCGGGUCCAGUCCAUGAAGAACCAGGCCGAUUGGCUGCUGCACAACAUCAUCCCCAAGUACGUCGCCGACCAGCUUAAAACCACUGCUAAGUACUCGCAAAACCACAAGUCGGUGGGCAUCAUCUUCGCCAGCAUCGUCAACUUCAACGAGCUCUACGACGAGUCCUACCUAGGAGGGAAGGAGUACCUCAGGGUGUUGAACGAGCUGAUCGGGGACUUCGACGAGCUCCUGGAGAGGCCGGAGUUCGCCAACGUGGAGAAGAUCAAGACCAUCGGGAGCACCUUCAUGGCGGCCAGCGGACUGAAUCCCCAGGUGAGGGAACGCGGGGACGACGUGCACGGACACCUCUACGAGCUCCUCGACUUCACCAUCGCCAUGCACCGGGUGAUCUACAACUUCAACCGUGACCUUCUCGGCUUCAAGCUCGUCCUUAGGAUCGGCUACAACUAUGGCGACGUAACGGCGGGCGUGAUAGGCGCUACCAAGCUUUAUUACGACAUCUGGGGCGACGCAGUCAACAUCGCCUCCAGGAUGGACUCCACCGGGGUGGCGGGGAGGACGCAGAUCGCCAGCAACUGCCUGGAGGUCCUCUCCAGGAGGUACGAAUUCGAGCCCCGAGGCAGCGUCUACGUUAAGGGGAAGGACAACAUGAACGUGUUCCUGCUGAAGGGGAAGAGGGGGAGCGCCGAUGACCCCUCGGAGGAGGUCGCUAGCUCCUGAGGUGGGCAGCGUAUCGCGCCAAGUACAUUUAUAGCCAGCGUAUUUAAGUCCAGCUGACCUUUAAGAGCUUUUCGAUGAAUCUCGCCUGGAUGGCACCGAAGGGACGUCGAUGGACCUAGAGGCAGGACCCUCGCCUUGGAACCGACUCGACCGCCAUCGACCUGGGGCCUUGGUAGAGUCUCGCCCCAAGUACUACAUACUCAGCGUACGUGAUAUUCGCUCGCUUCGGCGACCUCUUCGAUGAAUCUCCUGAAAUACUUGAAGGUAUCCCGCGCCAAGUACAUACUACUCGGGUCUACGUGGGAUGGACUUUCCUAAGGACCGUUUACGACAGAAGCGUGACGCGAUGGCCUAUCCGAUUCCAAAGAGCCUAGUUCUUUUUUCUUUUCCCUUUCUUUUUUGGAUACCUCGAUAUAUAACCUCCGAUAAGCCUCGACGUACCUGGUGAUAAACGCUUCUCGAGGGCCCCCGAAAACGGGCGUGCACCCUGAGGAUUCCGGUUCGCGCUCGACGACUGCAAGUGAAAUGUAUUUAUUCGAGGAUGUUGUGUAUUUUUGUAAAUAUCACGAGUCCGGGACGAGAA